CUGCGGUCGCUGGAGAUCCUUUCUUGUACGACUCUCCGCCGCAUAGUGGAAAUCGUACAGGUGUUAAUGUCUCUGGCAAUGCUGGAAACAUGUCAAAGUGAAACAAGGAAAUAAAGCAAAUACAGGGUUGUGUACGCAGGUGGAUGUCAACUUCGGAAUGCAAAGGAAAAACCGGGAGCCCUGAUAGAAGUGCCUUCCUCUGGAUGGCGGACUUAAGGCGCGGUUGCCUGUUCAGAUUUUCUGCAUUGGUUCCAUUACUUCAUAACCAGGAAAAGAAAGCAAGAAAGAAAGACAGUGGCUCCAAUGUAGUUCCAUUUAAAAGAGGAAUGAAACACCAUAUUAUGUACAGAGGACUUAUUUAACACAGGAAAUUCUCCGUGGAUUUCAUUGUUUUUCUGAAAGCAUGUGGGAACAGGGAAUGGAAAAUAUAGGGAGAGAGUGGGUCUUUUUUGUGUCUUUGAGAAGUUGUUUACAGAAAACAUGCAUGAAAAUGAAAGUUCAGUGGCUGAAGACAAGCAGAACGGACUCUUGUUUGAUGCUCUCAUUUGCCAGACACUCACCAACUCUUCCUUUUAAGUCCAUGACCAGGAUGUUGGUGGUGCUGGGGUUAAAGCAGGGUUCAUAACUCUAGUAUGACAGGUUCUGAGAUUCUGCCUGCUUUUUAACCAUGAAGGAGACUGACUGGGAGGCUGUUGCAACAGCAGUCCAAAGGGUUGCGGGGAUGCUUCAGCGCCCAGACCAGCUGGACAAAGUGGAGCAGUAUCGCAGAAGAGAGGCCCGGAAAAAGGCCUCCGUGGAGGCCAGACUAAAGGCAGCUAUCCAGUCGCAGUUAGACGGGGUGCGCACAGGCCUGAGCCAGCUCCACAACGCACUGAAUGAUGUGAAGGACAUUCAGCGGUCCUUGGGCGAUGUCAGUAAGGACUGGAGACAGAGCAUCAACACCAUUGAGAGCCUCAAGGACGUGAAGGAUGCCGUGGUGCGGCACAGCCAGCUUGCUGCUGCCGUGGAGAACCUCAAGAACAUUUUCUCAGUGCCUGAGAUUGUGAGGGAAACGCAGGACCUCAUCGAGCAAGGGGCGCUCCUGCAGGCCCACCGGAAGCUGAUGGACUUGGAGUGCUCCCGGGACGGUCUGAUGUACGAGCAGUACCGCAUAGACAGUGGGAACACUCGUGACAUGACCCUCAUCCACAGCUACUUUGGGAGCACACAGGGACUCUCUGACGAGCUGGCCAAGCAGCUGUGGAUGGUGCUACAGAGGUCGCUGGUCACUGUCCGCCGUGACCCUACCUUGCUGGUGUCAGUUGUCAGGAUCAUCGAAAGGGAAGAAAAGAUUGACAGGCGCAUACUUGAUCGAAAAAAGCAAACUGGCUUUGUUCCUCCGGGGAGGCCCAAGAAUUGGAAGGAGAAGAUGUUUGCCAUCUUGGACAGAACUGUAACUACCAGAAUUGAGGGCACGCAGGCAGACACCAGGGAGUCUGACAAGAUGUGGCUCGUUCGCCACUUAGAAAUUAUAAGGAAGUACGUCCUAGAUGACCUCAUUGUUGCCAAAAACUUGAUGGUUCAGUGUUUUCCUCCCCAUUAUGAGAUCUUCAGGAAUCUCCUGAGCAUGUACCACCAGGCCCUGACCACACGGAUGCAGGAGCUUGCAUCGGAAGACCUCGAAGCAAAUGAAAUUGUGAGCCUGUUGACUUGGGUCUUAAACACCUAUACAAGCACAGAGAUGAUGGGAAAUGUGGAGCUGGCCCCGGAAGUGGAUGUUAGUACCCUGGAGCCUUUGCUUUCUCCAGCUGUGGUCUCUGAGCUGUUGGACACGUACAUGUCAACUCUUACUUCGAACAUCAUUGCCUGGCUGCGGAAAGCUCUAGAAACAGACAAGAAAGACUGGAUAAAAGAGACUGAGCCUGAAGCUGACCAAGAUGGCUACUACCAGACGACACUCCCAGCCAUUGUCUUCCAGAUGUUCGAACAGAAUCUUCAAGUUGCUGCUCAGAUAAGUGAAGAUUUGAAAACAAAGGUACUAGGUUUGUGUCUUCAGCAAAUGAAUUCUUUCUUAAGUAGAUACAAAGACGAAGCUCAGCUGUAUAAAGAGGAGCACCUGAGAAACCGGCAGCACCCUCACUGCUACGUGCAGUAUAUGAUCGCCAUCAUCAACAACUGCCAGACCUUCAAAGAAUCCAUAGUCAGUUUAAAGAAGAAAUAUUUAAAAAAUGAAGUGGAAGAAGGCAUGUCUCUGAGCCAGCCGAGUAUGGAUGGGAUUCUGGACGCCAUCGCGAAGGAGGGCUGCAGCAGCCUGCUGGAGGAGGUCUUCUUGGACCUGGAGACACAUCUCAAUGAGCUGAUGACAAGAAAGUGGCUUUUGGGAUCGAAUGCUGUAGACAUCAUCUGUGUCACCGUGGAAGACUAUUUCAAUGAUUUUGCCAAAAUUAAAAAGCCAUAUAAAAAGCGGAUGACGGCUGAAGCACACCGACGUGUGGUGGUGGAGUACCUGCGGGCUGUCAUGCAGAAGCGCAUCUCCUUCCGCAGCCCUGAGGAGCGCAAGGAGGGAGCUGAAAGGAUGGUCCGGGAGGCCGAGCAGCUGCGCUUCCUGUUCCGCAAGCUCGCGUCUGGAUUUGGUGAAGAAGUGGAUGGGUACUGUGAUACGAUCAUCGCCAUUGCUGAAGUGAUUAAGCUGACAGAUCCAUCCCUGCUCUACCUGGAAGUCUCGACUCUGGUCAGCAAAUACCCAGACAUCAGAGACGACCACAUCGGCGCUCUGCUGGCCAUGCGAGGGGACGCCAGCCGGGACAUGAAGCAGACCAUCAUCGAGACACUGGAGCAGGGCCCCGCACAGGCGAAUCCGAACUACGUGCCCAUCUUCAAGGAAAUCAUAGUUCCCAGUCUGAAUGUGGCCAAGCUCCUCAAGUAGCCUUUCAGUGUCCUGCCUGAAUCUGGUCCCACACUCAUCACCCCACGUGUGACAGCCAGUGACUCAUGGUGCCAAGUGCAAGGCUUCCUGAGGGACAGGUGCUCUGGUGGCGGGUUCUGGCCCUCUCAUCUUAUUGUGGACAAGUUUUGUGAGCAGGGUCCUGGCUGACUGUUCUUAUUCACCUCUAGGUCUCACUCCCUCCUGUAGUGUCAGCGCUUCUGAUGCCACUAUUCAAUAAAAGUAACCGCUGUGGGGAAAUGAGUUUCUCAGCUUUGAGGUUUUCUUACUAGUGGUGACUGCAAGGGGCCCAGAUGCAGCAUCUGAAGGCCACCUCUACCCUCACCCACCUGGAGGGCAGGGGUGCCCCACUGGCGUCCCUUUGGCCCACUACUCCCCAUCUGACUAGGCAGUAGCCCUGGGCAUUUCAGAUUUAUGGGCCCUGCUUAUUCCUGACACAGAGUCCCUGAGACCCUCUAUCUGUCAUUCAGCUGUCUCCAUGGCUGCCAUCAGCAGUAGCUUAGUUUUACAUGUUAAUAUUCGUACUAGGCUCAGGGAAAGUUCCUUCCAGGAUAAACGGUCCCCUGCCUCUGCCUCCCCAGCCUCACGCUGCCAGCCCAGUGAGCGGGAUUGCGUAGAGGGCAGUGCUCUGCUUUAGUGUCACACCGCUGACUAAAAUGGGAAGCAGAGAUGUUUGCCCCUGUUCCCCUGUCACAGGUCCCCUCCAUCCUUGAUUCAGGGUCCCGGGGACUGGCCAGUUCAGGCAGGAGGGUCGUCCCUGGGGGAGACGCCUAUGCUGCAGUUUCCCUUCCAGACAGCUCAUGUGCAUGGUGGUGGGCUACUGUAAACAUCCAGGUGCGUCUGAACAGGCUUGUUUCCUCUAAGACAUGUUACAGAUGGCAAAAUUGAUACAGCACUCUUAUCCUCACUAGAUCUGAAAAAUUCACAAGUAGGAUUUUUUCCCGAAAGAAUCAAAACUGAAGUGGAAUUAAGUAACUAAAAAUUCAGUUCUUAUGAGUAUUUCUGGCUCAGAAGAGAUGUAAUAUUCCCAAAGACAUCUAACUAAUGUGCGGUUUCUUGAUGUACAUGUUAAUUUAGUUCC